AUGGUACAGCACCGUCCAGGAGCCACUGUCACAUUGACUUGUCGUGCGAGGGGCCAUCCUCAACCUCGGGUCAUUUGGCGCUUCAACUGGGGUUGCCUGCCCGAAGAACUGCGCAUGUCGGGAAGUCGUUUCGAGGUUCGCAGUACCGUUGAGGCCUGCUCCACGCGGACUCCCACAGUAAUCAGUACCCUGACAAUCCGCAAUUUCCGAAACGGAGAUGAUGGCAUCUACAACUGCGAAGCCUUGAGCGGUCCCCAUCGUGCUCUAUCCGAUGACAUGGUUGUGCGUAUCGAGCCAUGA